UAUAACGGUUUCUUUUUCUCUAGCCUACUUUGUGGUGGGACUUCUGUUCUUUCUUGCCGUUCCUCUCACCAUGGCGUUUGUAGGUGUGAAGUCUAUAGACGACUGCCCUGUUCAGCCAAUGAUUCCUCUCUACCUGCUGGUGGGUGGGGUUAUUGGCAGUGUAAAGGUCACGCUGCUCCUGUACGACAUCACCCGCAUGAGGUCGCUCAUCUCCAAGUCCGUCGUCAUCGGCGACGACGAUGCCGACGAGUAUCCAUGGAGACAGAACGCAAACAAGUACUACGUCCACGUCAUCCUCAGCCUGUUCCUGUUCGUCUGGUUCCUCCUGGGGAACUACUGGGUGUUCUCUGUGUUCCAGCCUAACUUCAUCACACCCUUCCACCAGCCACAGGACUACUGCAGGAAGUCUCUGUACCUAUUUGCUGUGUUUGUGUUGACGCUCAGCCACACCGUGCUGCUCCUGCUACUCUGCUGUGGGGUCUGUGUACACGUCUGCUCUCAGACCAGCACCAGGGACGACUACGGGGAUAGUGAUGAAGACUGAGUGACUGACUGGCUGGCUGGAUGACUGACUCAGAGAAGCAUACAGAUGUAGGAUUUUUAUUUGAUCAUCCUGUUUUUACAGGAAUGUUCCGGCGCAGCAGGAAAUACAAGCUUGUAGUGUAUCUGAGGUUUAAAAGGGCUUCUGAAGUUUGUAAUUUCCACUUUGAAAUUUCAGGCUUGAUUUUCCCUUACAAAAAUUGUACUGUAUCAAACCCUACAAAAAGGUCCAUGAAUUAUAAUCCACAUAAUAAUUUACAUUUCCUGUUGCCCUUAUAAAUAUUUUCCUGCUGUAGCAAACUGUCUCAAAUAAAGAUCCUACAUCUGUACAGAAUAUUGUAGAGCACUGGGGCAUUGCAGUUAGAUGGUUCUGUAGUUAGUGGGGCAUUGUAGUUAGAUGGUUCUGUAGUUAGUAGAACAGUGGGGCAUUGCAGUUAGAAGGUUCUGUAGUUAGUAGAACAGUGGAGCAUUGCAGUUAGAUGGUUCUGUAGUUAGUAGAACAGUGGGGCAUUGCAGUUAGAUGGUUCUGUAGUUAGUAGAACAGUGGGGCAUUGCAGUUAGAUUGUUCUGUAGUUAGUAGAACAGUGGGGCAUUGCAGUUAGAUGGUUCUGUAGUUAGUAGAACAGUGGGGCAUUGUAGUUAGAUGAUUCUGUAGUUAGUAGAACAGUGGAGCAUUGUAGUUAGAUGGUUCUGUAGUUAGUAGAACAGUGGAGCAUUGUAGUUAGAUGGUUCUGUAGUUAGUAGAACAGUGGGGCAUUGCAGUUAGAUGGUUCUGUAGUUAGUAGAACAGUGGGGCAUUGUAGUUAGAUGGUUCUGUAGUUAGUAGAACAGUGGAGCAUUGCAGUUAGAUGGUUCUGUAGUUAGUAGAACAGUGGAGCAUUGCAGUUAGAUGGUUCUGUAGUUAGUAGAACAGUGGAGCAUUGCAGUUAGAUGGUUCUGUAGUUAGUAGAACAGUGGAGCAUUGCAGUUAGAUGGUUCUGUAGUUAGUAGAACAGUGGGGCAUUGCAGUUAGAUGGUCCUGUAUUUAGAAGAGCAGAGCGACAGGUGAGGUUGGGUGUGUAACGUUGGGGAGAUAUGAGCACAAGGAAAGACUCACCUUAGCAUAACUAACAGAAGUUCUAGGCCUCUAUAUGUGACCUAGACAGUUGCACGAGGAAAGAAGAGUCAUUCUGGUGGCAGCUCCCAAACAAAUCUGUGAAAUCUACAUGUAUCAUAUGUAACCACACAGGUGGGCCUGGGAGCCUGUUGUUAACUUGAUUGCAUCAUGUGUGGGUGUUUUUGUGCAAUGUAAUUGUCUUUUUAGAUAUUAAAUUACACAAAUGAAACAUGUGCUACAAUUCUACAACUGUUUCAUGUACUUUGUAGGGUCUGAAUUUACAAGGCAUGUUUUAUAUACAGUUCCAGAUCAACAUUUGAUCAACACAGAUGUCAGCAUGUACAGUAUAUUGUGUUUAACUCAAUGUAGGAUUUUAGCACUAAUAUUUAUUAAUUCAUGUUUGCACUUUCUAUAGUAUUUUAAAUCAUUUUGUUUGUCAGGAGGCAAUGUGCACUGUUACAUUAGGCUCUUGACUUGUGGAAGAUACUUUUUGAACUCCGCCAAUCUAACAGUACAGCAAUACUACUCCACCAUCUAGUGGUCAAAUCAAGUACUAUGAAAGCGUAAUCUCACGAGAGCUCAUUUUUUAAAUGUAAUUAUAAUCUUUAGUGGGUGUGAUGAAUAAUCUCUCAAUUGAAUUGGUAUUCAUUUUUUAUCAUAAGGACAUUUGAAUUGCAAAUAAAUAAUACCUUUUUCAGAAAUC